AUGAUGAUUAAGAAGAAAACAAUAUUUGUUCUCUUGGCAGUAAUUGCCACAGCUUAUGCUGCCUUGCCAUCUAGUGAAUAUUUGCCACCUUUGGAGGAUGCCUCGCCUACUAGCAAUCUAGAUCUACAAUCUCUUGGUGAUUCAAGUGCGCUUGCUGAUGAUGGCUAUCGUUACAAAACUGUAAAACGUUUACGUUUGCGUCAUCGUCGUGAUGUCAACGAAUUGCCUUCCAAUGAAUACUUGCCUCCAACAGAAUCGGCUCCAGUUGUUGCUGAUAUCCCAGUGGUUGUUGAUGCCCCAGUUGAAGCCGAGCAAGAUACAGCUGUUUUAGCUGAUGAUGGCUACCGUUACAAGACUGUUAAACGCAUCCGUUAUCGUCAUCGUCGUGAUGUCAAUGAAUUGCCCUCCUAUGAGUACUUGCCUCCUACACAAGAAACCCAAGUUGUAGAAGAAGCUGCUCCUGUUGUUGCAGCCGCUGAAGAAUCGGCUGUUCUUGCUGAUGAUGGUUACCGUUAUAAGACUGUUAGACGCAUCCGUUACCGUCAUCGUCGCGAUGUCAACGAAUUGCCCUCCAACGAAUACUUACCUCCCACACAAGAAACCCAAGUCGUAGAAGAAGCUGCUCCUGUUGUUGCUGCCGCUGAAGAAUCUGCUGUUUUAGCUGAUGAUGGCUACCGUUACAAGACUGUUAAACGCAUCCGUUACCGUCAUCGUCGUGAUGUCAACGAAUUGCCCUCUAACGAAUACUUGCCUCCUACACAAGAAACCCAAGUUGUAGAAGAAGCUGCUCCUGUUGUUGCUACCGCUGAAGAAUCUGCUGUUCUUGCUGAUGAUGGUUACCGUUACAAGACCAUUAGACGUAUCCGUUAUCGUCAUCGUCGCGAUGUCAACGAAUUGCCCUCCAACGAAUACUUACCUCCCACACAAGAAACCCAAGUCGUAGAAGAAGCUGCUCCUGUUGUUGCUGCCGCUGACGAAUCUGCUGUUUUAGCUGAUGAUGGCUACCGUUACAAGACUGUUAAACGCAUCCGUUAUCGUCAUCGCCGUGAUGUCAAUGAGUUGCCUUCCUAUGAGUACUUGCCUCCUACACAAGAAACACAAGUCGUAGAAGAAGCUGCUCCUGUUGUUGCUGCCGCUGAAGAAUCUGCUGUUUUAGCUGAUGAUGGCUACCGUUACAAGACCGUUAGACGUAUCCGUUAUCGUCAUCGUCGUGAUGUCAACGAAUUGCCUUCCAACGAAUACUUACCUCCCACACAAGAAACCCAAGUCGUAGAAGAAGCUGCUCCUGUUGUUGCUGCCGCUGAAGAAUCUGCUGUUUUAGCUGAUGAUGGCUACCGUUAUAAGACUGUUAGACGCAUCCGUUACCGUCAUCGUCGUGAUGUCAACGAAUUGCCCUCCAACGAAUACUUGCCUCCUACACAAGAAACGCAAGUUGUAGAAGAAGCUGCUCCUGUUGUUGCUGUCGCAGAAGAAUCCGCUGUUCUUGCUGAUGAUGGUUAUCGCUACAAGACUGUUAGACGUAUCCGUUAUCGCCAUCGUCGUGAUGUCAACGAAUUACCCUCCAACGAAUAUUUACCUCCCACACAAGAAACUCAAGUCGUAGAAGAAGCUGCUCCUGUUCUAGAGUCUGCUCCUUUGGCCGAUGAUGGUUACCGUUACAAGACUGUAAAACGCGUAGUUUACAGACGCCGUGUUUAAUCAACAACUAUAUCAUUUAGUUUUAGAAAAAAAUAUACAUACUACCUACAUAUCCUAUGGAAAACGAAAUAUGAAUUGAAAAAUAA